AUGGCCUGGCACUCGUCUGGCGUGAGCAACUCGGAGCUGAUUGAGAAUUUGUGGAGGAAUAAGUUGAUUAAGGAGGAGAGGGUUAAGGAGGCUUUUUUGAAGGUCGACCGCGCCCAUUACUCCCCCACAUCCCCCUACUCCGACUCCCCCCAACCCAUCGGCCACUCCGCCACCAUCAGCGCGCCCCACAUGCACGCCUCAGCAAUCGAGCACCUCCUCCCCUCCAUCCUGCCCUCCCCUUCCCGCCCCGCCCCCCGCGUCCUCGACAUCGGUUCCGGCUCCGGCUACCUCACCCACGUCUUCGCCGAGCUCGUCGGCUCCGAAGGCGGCACCGUCGUCGGGCUCGAGCACAUCCCUGCCUUACGAGACCUGGGCGCUCGAAACAUGGCCAAAAGCGCCGAAGGCCGCGAAUUUUUAGAUACUUCCGAUUCUGCUUCGACAUCGACAGACAGCCACGCCGCUAGCGCAGCAGGAAGAAGAUCGUCCGUCAACCAGCGCAAUCCAAUGGGCGAAGUAGAAGGGCAGGGAGAACGAAAGGGCGAGGAUAAAGAUGAGGGGAAAUGGGAUGCUAUUCAUGUCGGGGCUAGCGCGAGGGAGAUCCAUAAGGAGCUGGUGGAUCAGUUGAGGAGUCCCGGCAGGAUGUUUGUGCCGGUUGAUGAUGACGAGAUGGGAUUGCAGCAGCAUGUGUGGUUGGUGCAGAAGGGGGAGGAUGGGGAGGUUAGUAUGCGGAGGCUGUUUGGGGUGCGGUAUGUGCCGCUGGGGGAUCCUCCGAGGGCUUAA